AUGUCCGCGGCGCCAAUAACCCCAAAUAAUUACUUGACACUCCCCGAACCGACAAUACUGGAACCAUGCUGUGAGUACUAUAGAGUAUAUCUGGGCAACCAAAUGUUUUCUGUCAUGAUGAAUACCCUGUAUUCCAAGACUGCACAUUUCUAUGUCGAAGAAAACAUCACGACUGUAGGCGAUCCACCACAGAAAUCUGAGGAACUAUCAGAAUACCGCGAGAACCUACCAAAAGAUCACAACAAAUUACCACGGCACGCCGUCAUAAUCAUGACGAAGGAAUGGGUGAUUGUGGUUCGUCCGGAACCGCAACAGACAGAGCAAAAUGUGCAAAUACAAGCCCACCAUUAUUGGCAUCAUGUGGAGAACAUGCUCCCAGAUGACAAACAUCGAGAGGUAAUUGAUACAAUUAUCUGCUGGGUUUUCUACCCUGAAGGGGAGAUCAUGUCCAAAAUUCACGACGACGAGAAGCCUCUCCCGGCUUACAGACAGAUGAAAAUAUACAAAACAGUUUUUGAGGAGGGUAUGAAGAAGAUGGGCUGGCUUAGCAAUAGGGUCUUUAAGAGCAAACCCUAUUACUUAGGAAAAACCACAGUUAGUAGUUCCGAGACAAAUUACAGAUCCCAAAUCGUGAUACACCAUCCGGAUCUCUUCCAGUGCGAAACUUUUGGGUUCGAGAGUCAGGAUUAUGAAGCCUGUUUUUCAAGCGGUUAUAAAGCUUUAGGGUUCCCUUCGGUUUCAUUGAUCACCCUUGCCGUUACUCGUAGGGCUGAUGGCGACAUCAAGGCUGUUAGGUCGUCGCGUAUGGUUUGGCCCACGCAGGAAUUGAUAGAUCGUAAUGGUCAUGAGCGAAUCAGAUGCUGGUGA